AUGGUCGCGCCCGUCCGAGUUGUGCCCAAUGCGGCCGUCCGCGCGAGCAGCCUCCUCCGCACCAUCCAGUACACGCAUCCGCCGUCGUGCCCGUGCCACUCCAACCCGGGCUACCACCAGUCGCAGCCGGCGGUGCUGCCCCGGCCGGCGUCCCGGCCUGGCCACCGCCGCUACGCGACGCCCACCAAGACGACCGAGGCGCUCAAGGAGUACGCCUUUGAGAUGGCGGCCUCGUCGAUCCGUUUCGGCCCCGGCGUCACGCAGGAGGUCGGCAUGGACUUUAAGAACCUCGGCGCCCGUCGCGUCGCCGUCGUCACCGACCGCACCGUCGAGAAGCUCGACGCCAUGAAGCAGGUCGUCGAGGGCCUCACGCGCGAGGGCGUCCCCUUUGAAGUCUUUGCCGAUGUUCGCGUGGAGCCCAAGGAUAGCUCUGUCAAGGAAGCCAUUGCCUGGGCGCGCCCGUACCAGCCAGACGCUUUCCUCGCCGUGGGCGGUGGCUCGGUCAUGGAUACCGCCAAGCUCAUGAACCUGUAUACCUGCUAUCCCGAUGCCGACUUUCUCGACUUUGUCAAUGCACCCCUCGGCAAGGGCCGCCCUGUCGACAAGCAACUGAAGCCUCUCAUUGCUGUGCCCACCACGGCCGGUACCGGUAGCGAGACCACUGGCACUGCCAUCUUUGAUCUCGUUGCGAAAAAAGCCAAGACCGGUGUUGCCCACCGCAACCUGAAGCCGACGCUGGGCAUCUGUGAUCCGCUCAACACGAGAACUAUGCCGGCGGCCGUCAUGGCCAGCUCCGGCUUGGACGUGCUGUGCCACUCGCUCGAGUCCUGGACCGCCAUUCCUUACAACGAACGAACUCCCCGCCCGGCAAACCCCAUUCUGCGACCUGCCUACCAGGGCGCAAACCCCAUCUCCGACGUCUUCUCAUUCCACGCCCUACGCGCCACUGUCAAGUACCUGCCCCGCGCCGUCAAAAAUCCCGAUGACUUUGAGGCUCAGAGCGAAAUGCUGCUUGCUGCUACGCUAGCCGGUGUUGGAUUUGGCAAUGCUGGUGUCCAUCUUUGUCAUGGCAUGUCGUAUCCCAUCUCCGGACAGAAUCCGACUGGAUAUAAACACGCUGGCUAUGAGCUUCCUGCACCACUGAUUCCCCACGGUGUCUCAGUUGCCGUUUCGGCACCGGCCGUUUUCCGCUUCACUGGCGCUUCCAACCCUGAACGCCAUCUUGCUGCCGCCGAGGCUUUCGGUGUCGAUAUUUCGAACGUUAAGCGAGAGAGCGCUGGCGAAGUCCUUGCUGAAGCCCUGACCAAGUUCCUGGCCGACCUCGGCGACCAGCCUAGCGGAUUAAAGGGCCUCGGCUUCGGUAGCGAGCACAUCGAAGCUCUGGUUGAGGGUACUCUCCCUCAAGCCCGUGUGCUCAUGCUCGCGCCUGGUCUGGCUACGGAACUGGAGACUGAGCGGGACCAGCUUAGGAAGCUCUUCGAAAAUGCCAUGACACACUAA